AGAUGGUUGCCUUUGGGAAAAAGUUGAAAGAAAGACAAAUUGAGGAAUGGCAAGGAUUUUACAUAAACUACAAACUUAUGAAGAAACGAGUAAAGCAAUAUGCUCAACAAAUUGAACUCGGAACACAAGAUCGACACUACGUUCUCAAGGAUUUCUCAAGAAUGCUUGAUAAUCAGAUUGAGAAGACUGUCCUUUUCCUGUUGGAACAACAAGGACAUUUGGCAAGCAGGAUAGCGAAGCUGGGAGAGCAGCAGGAUGCUGCUCAGCAAGAGCCUGAAAUAAGCAAAAUGUCUGAACUCAGAGAAGCUUAUAGAACAGUUGGACAAGAUCUAUUAAAGCUUCUCUAUUUUAUAGAGAUAAAUGCUGUUGGUUUGAGAAAGAUCUUGAAGAAGUUUGAUAAACGCUUCGGCUAUAGAUUUACUGAUUACUAUGUUAAGACUCGCGCAAACCAUCCUUAUUCCCAGCUGCAACAAGUGUUCAAGCAUGUGGGGUUAGGAGCUGUUGUAGGAGCCUUAUCUCGCAACCUUCACGAACUUCAGGACCGUCAAGGAAGCUACUUAUCAAUUUAUGAUCAGCCUACUCUUCCCCUUCAGGAUCCUGUCAUAGAUUCAAUAAGAGCAGCUGUUGAUAGGUUAACUCACUCAACCAAUUUCCUAAACUUUUUGGGGCAACAUGCACUCAUUAUGCAAGAAGAGCUGCCUGCACCAUCUGAUGAGCAUGUUGACGAUCAGAGAUACCAUUUUAUGUCGCUUCUACUAAACUUGGCUAACACGUUUUUGUAUAUGGUCAAUACAUAUAUUAUUGUCCCUACAGCAGAUGAUUACUCUACGAACCUUGGGGCUGCACCAACAGUUUGCGGUAUUGUUAUUGGGGCAAUGGCCGUUGCUCAGGUGUUUUCCUCAGUAUAUUUCAGUGCCUGGUCAAAUAAAUCAUACUUCAGACCUCUUGUAUUCAGCAGCAUAAUUCUUUUUCUUGGCAAUACCUUGUAUGCCUUAGCAUAUGAUCUUAAUUCAAUAUGGAUUCUCCUAAUUGGUCGUCUUUUCUGUGGAUUUGGUUCAGCCAGAGCUGUCAACCGACGCUACAUCAGCGACUGUGUUCCCUUAAAAAUACGCAUGCAAGCAUCAGCAGGUUUUGUUAGUGCCAGUGCUCUCGGAAUGGCUUGUGGUCCUGCAUUAGCUGGCUUACUGCAGAUAAAGUUUAAGAUUUACAAUAUUACAUUUAAUCAAGAUACUUUGCCAGGGUGGGUUAUGAUGGUUGCUUGGCUGAUAUAUUCAAUAUGGUUGUGGAUCGCUUUUGAGGAACCUUGUCGUGAUUUUGAAGAGAACCAUACAAUACCUCAAUCUAAUGCUAUUGCUGUAGACAACAAUGCACUUGAAAAAGGCUUAAAACAACCGUUGAUGAUUAGUUCAGAAGAUAAGGGAGAUGAAGAUGGUGAUCAGGAUUAUGAUGAUAGUGAAGAAGUUCCAGAGAAAUCUCGUCUGCCAGCCACUUCAAUUGGAUCGGCAUAUAGACUCCUUACACCUUCUGUAAAGGUUCAACUAUUGAUAUAUUUCAUGCUCAAAUAUGUAAUGGAGAUUUUACUAUCAGAAUCUAGUGUCAUCACAACAUACUACUUUAACUGGUCAACAAGCACGGUAGCCAUUUUUCUUGCUGGCCUUGGCUUGACAGUUCUUCCUGUAAACAUUGUUGUUGGAAGUUAUAUAACCAACUUGUUUGACGACAGGCAAAUUCUGUUGGCAUCAGAAAUUAUGGUUUUAGUUGGCAUACUCUUAAAUUUCAAUGUAAUCUUUCCGUACUCCGAGCCACAGUACAUCUGUUCAGGUCUUCUUAUGUUUGUUUCUUGUGAAGUACUCGAAGGCAUCAACUUGUCACUGCUUUCACGAGUUAUGUCAUCAAGGCUUUCUAGAGGAACCUAUAAUGGAGGGCUUCUAUCUACAGAGGCUGGGACAAUUGCAAGAGUGAUUGCUGAUGCAACUAUUACCCUGGCUGGCUAUAUGGGUGUGAGUAGGCUCCUAAAUAUCACCCUAAUUCCUUCACUCUUCAUUUGCAUAGUUUCCAUCACUGCAACCGGCUAUACGUACAAUUCUUUAUAUUAAUAAUUUAUGUGGCUGGCUGCAAUUGAAAAAAGAGAAUUAUGCACUGAUGUUUGUUUUAAGAAAAUUUUGACCCCUUGGUGUUUCUUUGUCCAUUCCAUUUUCUUGAUCUAUAAAGACCUUAAGCUCAAUGUAGCAAAAGUAGUGCAUGUUUUAAUCAAUUGAGAGUGAGUUGGUAAAAUUACAGUGUUACUGUGAUUUUUGCAAAUUCACUUUGGUUCCAAACAUGUAUAUAGCAGGAUAUCGAGCUUCGAUAAA